GGUCCGACGAAAUAUCAACGAAGACUAAAAAUCUGACUGUAUUUUUCCAUUUCAAGCAACCGAAUGGGUUGACGUAAGACACAAGGUAACACUGAGAUGAGAAAUGAACUCACAAUACGUGGGAAACGGCCAGAAAUUGUAAUACAGUGUGCUAAAAAUAGGCAAAAUGGCGACCAACCUUCUGCAAACAAGUGAAAUUCGUGAACGAGAAAAUGACGUGAACAGUGUAAAAGAAGGAUCGGAAGACGAGUGUGAUGAUGACGGGAAACAGAAACUACGACCCCCUCCCAUAGAGACACCUGCCAAUGUGAUGGGCCAUGGCCCACGGACCCCAGGGGGGUCGAAGGAGAAGGAGAAAAAAAUUGGGCACAGACGUGUAGACGAGACCGGUAUUGUCACAUACAAAAAGAAACCAACUUCGGAGUUGAUGGCUGCCAUACAACUAGGGAUAGGAGCAAGUGUGGGAGGUCUAUCAUCAAAACCUGAACGUGACGUUCUGAUGCAGGAUUUCCAAGUUGUCGACAGUGUUUUCUUCCCUGCGGAAGGCAGCAACCUCACACCUGCUCAUCACUACAGUGAUUUCAGGUUUAAAACCUACGCUCCGAUUGCGUUCCGAUAUUUUCGAGAAUUGUUUGGUAUCCAGCCAGAUGAUUUCCUGCUGUCACUUUGUGACGAGCCAUUAAAAGAACUGUCUAACCCUGGUGCUAGUGGCAGUAUAUUUUACCUGACAUCAGACGACGAGUUUAUCAUUAAAACAGUACAACACAAAGAGGCCGAUUUCUUACAGAAACUGCUACCAGGCUACUACAUGAAUUUAAACCAGAACCCCAGAACUCUGUUGCCAAAGUUUUACGGCUUAUAUUGCUACCAGUGUGGUGGAAAAAAUAUCCGUUUUGUGGUUAUGAACAAUUUACUACCUUCAUCUGUGAAACUCCAUGAAAAAUAUGAUCUUAAGGGAAGCACAUACAAACGUAAGGCAUCAAAACAUGAACGAGGCAAGAGUAGUCCCACACUGAAGGAUUUAGACUUCAUAGACAUUCAUCCUGAGGGAAUUCUUCUCGAAAAAGACAAACAUGAUGCACUGGUGAAAACUAUACAGAGAGACUGCCGGGUGCUAGAGAGUUUUAAGAUCAUGGAUUACAGUUUACUACUAGGGAUAUAUAACUUAGACCAGGCAGCACGGGAAAAGGCUAAAGAAUCUGAGACAGUAAAUCAAGAGACGACCACAAACUCGAGUGCAGGGACGUCCCAGGGUGGGGCGUCUUCUCUACCUCCAGAUUCCCUGGCAGACUCUUACCCAGGUGCCACUACUUCUCCCCCUAAAACAGGUUCUUCGCUGGCGAGGACUAAAUCUAUGAAAACCCGAUUAGCCAAUUAUUCUACAGCCAUUGAAGCCAUCCAGGCUUCACGAGGGUAUGAGGAUGACGAAGACGAGGAUGAAGACACUCCGCCUGGUGGUAUACCAGCUAAAAAUGCCAAAGGGGAGCGACUCUUGAUGUACAUGGGUGUUAUAGAUGUUUUACAGAGUUAUAGAUUUAAAAAGAAGUUCGAACAUACUAUGAAAUCCAUAGUUAUAGAUGGGGACACAAUAUCAGUACAUCGCCCUAGCUACUAUUCCCAAAGAUUCCAGAGCUUUUUUGAAAAACGUGUAUUUAGAAAACUACAGACACCCUUGAAACAUUCUCCAUCAAAAAGAAAACCAGGAGGGCCUAAAAAGUCAUCUGGUCACUCCGAGUCAGAGGGGGUUACAGAAGUUCCAAGGAGAACUGGAACGACAGAACGGUCCCAUAGGACUAUUAGUUUUACAGAGGACAAAACACCCAUUCCAGGCACAACUGGGGGCCGACCAGAUCUGCUGCCAGAGAAUUCCACACCACCUCCAACAUUUGACGAGGCGGUGGGUUCUCUGACACCAAAAAGAGGCCGCAGUGGAACAGACAUAUCGCAUUCUCCUAAAUCUGUAUCUCCCUCAGGGGAGAGUAUUAGCGAGGGUAGGAGACCUGAAGUCCAGGUGAGUGGAACAUUCCAAGUGACCUACCAGGAGUCUAGCACUUCAUUAUCUCACACCUCCCCCGUGAUGCGGACAUCCCCACCCCUCAGUAUCUCAGAGUCGACGCCCACACAUACAGAUUACACAGAGGGAACACCAAGCUACACGCCAUCUAGUCCAAGCUGUUAUAGUGACAUAGAUCAAGCUUUCCAGGCAGAACUAGACAAAGAUGUACAGGCGUCACCUGCGUCUCUGUCUCCAGCAAGGUCAAAGGUCACUGUGAUCACAACCAGCAGUACAGAGACGUCUUAUACAAGUGCACUCGAAAACCCAUACAGUAGCGACAGUGAACGGGGACCAACAAACUCGGACAGUAACUAUGUUGAUAGUGCGAGAGUUUCACCUGACAAGGCAGGUCGUUACAGUAAACCACAACAAGGUCACAUAUCAACAACAGCAGUGUCUAAUUAUAAUGAUAUUCAAAGCAAUUCCACAUGGAAUAGUGAGGAAGGAGAAAAGUCAAAGGCUAAAGGUCAAGGGUCACCGAGAUCAGAGGAUUUGGAGGUCAAGGAAUCCGAGACGCAUCUUAAUGAUCUUGACCACUCCUUGACCUAUGACUCGGAUGACUCGUCAUUUCUCACAAACAGCGAGAUCUCCUCCACCUUUUCUAUGCAUGAAGAUCCCUCUUCUUCUGGUUUCCAUGAUGAUGGUGUAAAAAGCAUCCCUCCGGAUGUGACCUCUACUAAUUCUAAGUAUCGUAGACCAGUUCCAACCACUAACACUGCCCCUGUGGCUGUUCCUUCUAAGCCCGGAGGUCUGAUAAACUUCCUCAGUUCAGGGAAUUCCCCUUCAAAGCUGUCAACAGACAGCCAGCAAAGCAAAGGUGUCAGUUUCAAAGUUGAAAAUUACGCUGUUGGGAGCCCGCCACAAAGGAAAAGUAUUAUUCCUGACAAGAGUCAUUUGUACCCACAGAAGCCAACAGGACAUAAAGCCUCAGCUUUUUCUCGAUUUAGAAAGACCAACAGCGAUGGUAAGCUUGGGCUAUCUGAAACUCCCAAAAGAGGCAGGUCAGAUAGAGGUAUGAGUGUGGGGACUUUUAAACCCAUUCAACACGAGACAUCUUUACAUAGACCUGUUAGCCUAAAGGAUUUUAGGACAUUGUCCAAUUCACCAGUGUCGGAAGAACAGUCUAGAAGGCAACAGACUGUGUCCACUUCACCGCUGUCAAUGUCCAGAAAACCUGUUGAGGAUCAAAACAGGGAGUCAACUCAUCUCUAACUUUUAGCCAAGCAUAGGAGCACUUCCGUAGUGGUGAUGGUGUACAGACUAAUAUUACAUCUUCUAUGUUUCACUUGAAUUAUAUUGUUUUUAAUGUGCAGUCUUUGUGGUCUAUAUUCUGAAAUAUAUAAGUAAUAUUUGUAAAUUAGAACUGUAACAGUAGUAGUGCACAUUCUGUAGUCAGGAAGUUAAUCUAAAUCUGUGAUCCUCCUCAAAACAUAUAAACACUUAUCCUUUCUGUCCCUUUAUGACAAAGUUCCAGUUCUUGGACAGCAUAGAAUUUUUACUUGAGGUAUGGAUCAAACUGUUUCUAACAACAAAGGUUAAGAAUACUGAAAAGCUUAAUAUUUUGAGAGAGUGGAUCUCAACAGCUGUAGAAUUUACCUAACUGUUUAAGUCACCAACCGUUUUGCUUUGAAUCACUUUAAUUAAUAUAGCCAUGUUGCCUGGGAUUCUUCAUAACCCAAAGUCUCUAUUUUCAGGUGUUCAUUGUCAUUGCUGAAAUCUUUUCUAUAAACCAAUGUCAUUGUAUUGAUGUUAGUUUCAGUUACUAAGUGACGGAAAAUGCAAGUCAAACUGGUAUUUUUAUAUUUUUGUAAUUUUAUUUAAUUUAUGGUUUUAUUAAUGAUAAAAAAUAUUGGAAAAUUAUUAGAAUAAGAUUAAAAACUUAUCAAUGAUGAUGAAUUUGAUAAUAAAUUGGAAAUGUCCAAAGAUAAGUUUUCGGCUUUGGAGUGGGUUGGGGCUGUUAAAUUUUCAUAUUUCGUAAUUUAACCAAAAGUAGUCUCAUUGUUUCUUUAAUUCACUUAUAUAUUCAUUGAUAGUUUACAGUUGACUUAGGAGAUGAAAUGUUUUUAACAACAGUUAAAUAGUUGCUUCAUUCAGUAUUAAAACUGACAGAAAUAUGGUUGCUGAAAUACAGAUAACUCAAAAUGGCAGAAGGUGUAGCUGACAAUCCUUCUCUCCAUAUCAUUUAUUUCUACUAAACUGAAAUUUUGUACUUAUUUUAGAUAACAUUAUAACUUGAUAAUUCAUUUUUUGUUUUCGUUCAUCGAUUAUAAAAGUGUGACUGAUUCCCAUCACUAUAUUUAGCAGUUGAUGGUGGUUGUAGCAUUUAAACACAUAGACCUCUUUUCCUACCAUAUAAGAUUCCCUGUAUUGACAUUAAAACCUUGUUUCAGUUACUGAUUUUUUUGUGACAUAUUUCCCUGUAUCUAGAUAUUUAAUGUGAGGUAUGUUUUCCUCAAGCUUCUCAUAUUGAUGAAGUUGUUGUAACCUAGAUUAAUUGUAAUAUUGUUUCUUUGUUUACGAAAUCGACCAUGCAUGUUCAUAAGAAAUCAUAGAUAUAUUGUCUACUAAAUCAACCAAGCAUGUUUAUAAGAAAUCAUAGAUAUAUUGUCUACUAAAUGGGCCAUGCAUGUUUAUAAGAAAUCAUUGAUAAAUUGUCUACUUAAUCAAUCAUGCAUGUUUAUAGGAAAUAUAUUGUUUACUAAAUCAAUCAAGCAUGUUAAUGAGCAAAAAUCAUAGAUUUUUAGAAUUUCAGGCAGCCAUGCAAAUUCUGAAUAAUUAAGAAUCAUAUCAAUCAUUUAUACAAAACAUGGCAGACUAUAAUUAUAGUUUACUAGUUUUAAGUCAGCAGUGCACAAGAAACCGGUCGUCAGUGUUCAACAUUUCUGUAGUUUUGUCUCCUUUUGUUUCUGAAUUUCCGCCUUUUACCAAUGAUGUUGAUCCCCAGUUUUAUGAAUAAGAUAAAAAGCGAGACAAAAAUCAAUCAUUGAUUUGUCAGCAUGUUCAGGAAAAGGUACUAAUAGAUUUGAGGUGUGAGAUUUCAGUGACAAAACAUCAGUGUCUUUGAACGGAGAUAAAUUCUAAGGAAAAUAGAAACACAUUGUUUCAUUGAAUAUCAGGGUAUAUCAUCCUGUAGGUUUAAAUCACCUUGUUAAAUUACUUAAUUAUAUUUCUGUCCCGGUAUAAAUUGUAUAUAUAUAUCAUACAAGGUUUAUAGAGUAUAUAAUGAACACUUUGUAAUUCAGCAAGUCUCAGCUGGCGUAUUGAAAAGUAGUUUUAAUUCAUUUCAAUAUUGGCAUAAUUAAGACUAUACACAUGUGCUUCACAUCGUUCGUAAUUUACCAGAUAAAUGAAAAUUAUUAAAUUUAUUGAAUCAUUGGUAGUGCACCUUGCUGUUCAAAUUCCAAUUUUUUUUCAAUCACUUUGGAUUUACCUCAAAGGCUUCAUAUUCAGGCCUUUAGCAUCACUGACGAGUCCUAGAAGGAGGAAACAGCUGUAUGGUACAGUUCAAUUCAUUGUUCGGCUCUACUGCAUCUAACUCUAAAUUUGUAUUAAAAGGUGCUGUUCAUGAAGGUCAUUGCGUAUCUUUUGUACAAUAUUUGUAGUGUAACUUUAAUAUCUUAUUGAGUAGAAUUGAUUUUGAA